AGCAGGUCACAGCCUCCCAUUUUAUAGAUCUAGCUUUAAGCCAAAGACACUGAGCAGACUCUCAUCUCGUGUUGGUCGGAAUAGUCGGGGGAGUUGUGCGGACUUGGAGGGUCGGGUGCACGAUGAGACUCAAACACGCAUCACUUGUGAGCGCAAAGUUUUCAUGUUGAAGGAUAUUUUAUGGAUUUCUGCGCCGGACAAGUUUCAUCCAUAGAAAAGUAUUUGAAGUCAGCUUCGCGAACUUCUGCGGUGCGUAAAUUGCUUGUUCCCAUGGCUGAAUUAAAUAUCAUUAAACUGCGUUUUCUGGAUAUUUAACAGUCAACGUGCUGAUGUGUUAAGGAGCUGAACAGUUACGCGGACUAGUCCCUUGACUUUUUUCUGCUGCGGUGUGACUGCAGCAGCUGAUGCAGAAGCGUCCCCAGAAGUUACCACCCGUCAGAGAAAACUGAUGAGUCUUCUUCACCAUCAUUCCUCAGGACAAUCCUCACGCCAGACAGUCAUUAUACAGAAGUCAAACAUGGACAGCAACAGGUCCCACAUUCCCUCCAUCCUCCACGUGGAGCUCAGCCCGUUCAUUGACUACAUGGACGACAACGACACGAACUCUACCGGCGGUGAGCGAUACUCUCUGGGCUGCGUGCAGAUCCGCAUCCCGCAGGAGCUCUUCCUGGCGCUGGGGCUCAUCAGCCUGGUGGAGAACAUCCUGGUGAUUCUGGCCAUCAUCAAGAACCGCAACCUGCACUCGCCCAUGUACUACUUCAUCUGCUGCCUCGCCGUGUCCGACAUGCUCGUCAGCGUCAGUAACGUGGUGGAGACCAUGUUCAUGCUUCUCCACGACCACGGCCUGCUGGACGUGCACCCAGGUAUGCUGCGCCACCUGGACAACGUCAUCGAUGUGAUGAUCUGCAGCUCCGUGGUGUCCUCGCUCUCCUUCUUGUGCACCAUCGCCGCGGACCGCUACAUCACCAUCUUUUACGCGCUGCGCUACCACAGCAUCAUGACCACGCAGCGCGCCAUCGCCAUCAUCGUGGUGGUGUGGCUGGCUAGCCUCGCCUCCAGCAUCCUCUUCAUCGUGUACCACACCGAUAACGCGGUCAUCGUGUGCCUCGUGACCUUCUUCUGCACCACGCUGGUGUUCAACGCCGUGUUGUAUCUGCACAUGUUCCUCCUGGCGCACGUGCACUCGCGACGCAUCAUGGCAUUCCAUAAAAGCAGGCGCCAGACCACGAGCAUGAAGGGGGCGAUCACCCUCACCAUCUUGCUCGGGGUCUUCAUUUUAUGCUGGGGCCCAUUCUUCCUCCAUCUCAUCCUCAUCCUCACCUGUCCCACCAGCCCCUUCUGCAAUUGUUUCUUCCGAAACUUUAACCUUUUCCUCAUCCUCAUCAUCUGCAACUCCCUCAUCGACCCGCUCAUCUACGCGUACCGGAGCCAGGAGCUGCGUAAAACGCUCCAGGAGUUGGUCCUGUGUUCUUGGUGCUUCGGCGUCUGACAUAUACUUCACAUUCAGGGAGAGAAGAUCUCGUCAGAGAUGCACAUUUUUGUUGCAGAAGCUGAAGUGAGCCGUGACCGAUACAUGUUGGAAGACGCCCAUGCUCAACGCUGUACAUGACAGACCAAGACUGUAUCUGACUGUUGCACGUGGCAUCGUGGACUUGAUGGUUAUUCCCACGCAUGCCUUCAGAUUUAUUCGCCUGUUGCUUUGCCUGCUGUUGCAUUACGCUACUCCUGGGUCAGGUUCAAACUGUGAAACUUCUGGACAUUUAAUCCAGAAAGAGAUUCUUCGUUGAAGAGUUAAUAUACUAAGUUAUACUUAUGAGCGUUUUAUUUUUUGUUAAUAAAGUUUUUUUCAUGUGUUUGUCCUCUUGUAAAUGAAAUUAUUGUAUAUAAAACUUGUCGAUGGAAAUUUGUCAUCUACUCUCAACUCUCUUUUUCAAAGCUAUUGACAAUUACAUUUUCUCAAGGAAAGACACGGAAAACCUGCAAACCCACGCUGGAGAAAAAUGUUUGAGACCAUUAUAUCUCCGAGUUAAAUUUCUUCCUCCAUUAAAUGAAAACUGAAUGAUUGCUUGUUAUUGGACUAUUUCAUGUCCUGAACCCGAACAAAAAUCUCUUCAUGAUGCCAAAAGUUAGACAAACCAGACUUCAACAUUCAGGGCUUUGUAGAUAAUGUGAUGUGUGGUAGAGAGACCCUGCAGCCUUUUCUCCACCUUCCUCCGCCUCCAUUCACUGCUGUUUGAAACUAUUUGCUUGUCACAUCCUCUGAAAAACAAGCAUUGUGCAAUGAAGGCGGAUGCUGAAAUGACUGCUGCUAAAACAAUUUAUUUCAUGUUGGAAUAAAUUGACAAGGUUCAUCGAUUUUUUGCCUCAAGAACAUGAAUAAGCUGAGAUAUAAUAGGAAAGCUUUGUACUUAGCCUUGGUGUGAUGUAACUUUAAAAUGGCGUGUUGCAGUCCACUUGGGGGUGUUGUGUGGGAAUUACUCCCCCAAAAAUAAAUGUCUGAAUGACUUACGAUAAAAAAAUUAAAAAGAUGCAAAAUCACAUGAACGGUCUUGCCUGGUGGUAGGCCUGAGGCCCAGGGCACAACAAGAGGGUUCAUGAAAGAAGUUAUAUUUAAGUGA